CCAGAACUGGGUGCUACGUAGAGUGGCACCCAACGAGCAGUGCCAACCUCCUUAGUGUGGCUGUAUCUAGAGGGAGGGUUAGUGUGCAUAUAUAAUCGCGUAAGUGAUUGGAAAUAUAUAGGAAAAACAGGAGGCAGUCCAGAAGAAGAAAGGAAGCAGUCGGUCCAAAAGAGGAAAGAGGUAUCGCUGACGAAGCUGGCCGUGCAUUUGGGGAGCCUCACUGCAAUGUCGAGGACAAGAUGCUACGGGCAAAUGCAUCUUUUUUUGUCGCUGUUCCUCCUGCUCGAGCUCUCCGGGAACAUGCUCACUCAUGCGAUCUACCAUCCCGAUGCCCCUACCCCAAAGCCCAAAGUGAAGCAAAGGGUCGACUUGAAGCCUGUCAUACCCUCAACCACAGCUAGACCUCCAGUCAGAGUCUACAGCAGGAGGGAGAGGCCUGAACGACAAAGCUGGGAAGGAAUAGGGAGAUCAUGGGAACACAGAGGAAGGGAAGAGGGAAGACGAGGAGGAGACUGGAAAGGGGAAGAGUGGAGAGGGCCUUGGAAUACAGGGCCUUACGGUGGCGCUCACGAUCGUCGCAAGUAUCCUCAUUACGACCCCGAACUAGACGUAGACCACGGCUAUUACGACAAAGCAGAAUCUUCAGCUCAUCCAAAGUUGGAUCAUCCAGUGACUAUCCCGUCUCACUCUCCUGGUCCUGGGAGGUCGCAUUCUCGCCCUAAAAUCAGCAGAGAUGGGAUCCGAAGCCCUGCGUCUGAAGUAGGACACUUGUCAUGCCCUGCUCCAAGUGGCCUCUUCCCUUAUCCUCAGGAUUGUUCCAAGUACAUUUCCUGUGACUGGGAAAGACCGUUCCUUAUGUCCUGCGGUCCAGGGACGGUCUUCAACCCUGACAUCAGCGCAUGCGAUUGGCCCCACAAUGUGGACUGUCCCUCGAGCGAGGACCUUCCUUCAGGUGGAAUCGGCAAAGGGCUUCUGUCGCCAGAUCCUCCUGCCAUACCCAUACCACCCCCUGAGGAACCUAGUCCUCCUGAUUAUUCUUCUCUUGAUUCGCUCUUCGGACUGAUUCCCAGUCCAGCCCCUGGCAUAGUGAAUUCGAUUGUUGAUCAUGCCAAGGAAAAGCUGGAUCAUGUGCGUAAUAAGGUUGACUGGACUUACCAACGAGCAAAAGACAAAGGCAAGAGAUUACUGAAUAAGCUAGGGGUGAAGAAUUCAGCGUCCUUGUGCCUGAGACCAGACGGUCUGUUUCCUUAUCUCAAGGAUUGUAAAAAGUUUGUGAACUGUCAUAAGUCGAAGCCACACCUUCAGACCUGCAGCCCAGGAACAUUGUUCAAUGCCAUCAAGGAAGUCUGCGAUUUCCCUUCUAAGGUGGUUUGCCCGAAGAGCAGAGCGACUCCUGCCAAGGAAGCAAGCGUUGUUAUUGCUCCGCCAUCAGGACAGAAGAUCAGACUGAGAGGCAGUAAUGUCCCAUGGGCUGGUUAUGUGCAGGUAGAGGUUGGUGGACGUUGGAGGGUUAUAACAGACACCUUAUCCCAGUGGACAAAAUCGGACGCUGAUGUUGUAUGCCGCAGUCUCGGCUAUGAAAAGGGAGCAGAGUCGAAAUCUCAGGGUCGCACAUUCGGCCUAGUGUCGCGUCUGGAGGCUGAAUACAGAGUUGUUGAGUGUAUGGGCCACGAAGAGAACCUCCAGCAGUGUCGUCUAGAAAGAGGAACUCAAGAAGAAGUCGACAAAACUGUCGUAGGCGUACGAUGCAGGAUGAACUGGGUGUCAGAGUGUGGCUUCGGAGGCGUCAACUGGGGGAGGAAGUGCUACCAUUACACCCGGGCACAAACGCUGGUCACCCAUGCCCAAGCAAGAGAAAUCUGUGCCCAGAAUGGCGCCAGACUUUUGUCCAUACAGUCGCAGGCCGAGAGCGACUUUGUAUCGGAGCUGCUGACAGCUGCAGCAGGAGACGUCGAGCCGGGCUUCCAUACAGGGGGCGUAAGGACCGAGAUUUUCGGGGACGUUUUCUGGUUGUGGCAAAAUUCAACGUCGGCAGGGCCUGAUAUGCCCUUCGCUAACUGGUGGCCGGGUUGGAAUUCGAGUUCUGGAGGAGACUCACGCCCUCCUAAACGCCCUAAGCAUCCGAAGGACUCGGGAGGAGGUCAGGAGUCCGUCACCCAGUGCAUCGUCCUACGGGAUAAUUUCCCUGUUACGCGCAGUGGUUCGUCUGUUACAAAGGGUCCUGCCGAAUACUUCUUCAUGGAGCUGACGGACUGUGCAGAAGGCUUCCACUUCGUAUGUGAAACUGACAAGAAAGACAUAGGAUGCAUCGAAGGGCGUGGUGAGUCCUACCAAGGAGAAGCCAGCCUCACCGUGGAAGGAGAGGUGUGCGCCCUUUGGGGUCAGCCGCGGGUCCAGGAGAAGCUGGGCCAUCUGGCCAAUUCGCAAAUUCCUCUGGUGGCGAAUCACUGUGCCAAUCCAGAUGGCGAUGACCUUCCCUGGUGCUACACUUCCAAGGGCACCGUGGGUUUUUGUGACAUCCCAAGGUGUCCACAGCGUCGGGAGGAUCGCGACGUCCCUACGAUCAUCGAAGAAGACAGCAGCUGUGGGGCUGAUAAGUUUGCCUGUGCCAACGGAGGCUGCAUUCACCAGGAGUGGCAGUGUGACGGUCAACAGGACUGCUCCGACGGCAGCGACGAAGAAGGCUGCCGAGACUACAGCGCAUACUACACGAAGAAAGUCAACCAGAGACUGAAGGGGCGCGAGGUGGAGAAGUGGCUCUACACACUGAAGACCACCUGCGCCGCCAGAUGCAGCCAGGCCAAGAACUUCCUCUGCCUCUCCUUCAAUUACGAGUCCGGCUCCGAGACCUGCAUCUUGAGCGACAGCAACGUGGGCCGGUCUGGAGGCCUCGUCGCCGAAAGUGGAUGGGAUUACUACGAGCUGGAAACGGGGAGCGUCGAUUGUUCCCGGAUGUUCUCCUGUCGAGACGGAAAGUGCUUGGAGCAGUCCCAAGUGUGCAACGGAAAGCGAGAGUGCGCCGGCGGGGAAGAUGAAGAUCUCUGUGACGGUCGAGUGAACUUCGAAGUGAGACUCGUCAACGGCUCUGGGAACCACGAAGGUCGCGUCGAGGUCAAAGCCUUUGGCCGUUGGGGCACCAUCUGCGAUGAUAUGUGGGGACUUCCUGAAGGAGACGUUCUUUGUCAACAGCUAGGGUUCAACCUCGGUGCCAGGGAAGUGUUCUUCGGUUCCCACUUCGGAAAUGGCGAAGGACAGUACUUGAUGGACGACCUCAACUGUCUCGGGGACGAGUCUUCCUUAUCGGAGUGUGACUUCGCGGGAUGGGGCGAGCAUGACUGUGGGGAAUCAGAGGCGGCAGGUGUUACGUGCUUCAAACCCGGCGACACCUGCGGAAGGGACCAGUGGAAAUGUUCCAACGGCAAGUGUGUGGGCAUCGGAUUUCUCUGCGAUACCGUCGACGACUGCAAGGACAAUUCCGACGAAGAAAGGACUAUGUGCCAGGCUCCAUUAGAAGCGCGACUGGUAAAUGGAGCCAGGACAGGCGAAGGUGUCCCAUUAGGUCGCGUGGAGCUGCGUUACUUGGGCGUCUGGGGUACCAUUUGUGACGACGAUUUCGGACUGGAAGAGGGACACGUGGUCUGUCGGAUGAUGGGUUGGGAAGGGGCCUCUCGCGUCCACAAGAACAACACGUUCGGUCCAGGGUCAGGACGCGUCUGGAUAGACGACCUGAGAUGUAUAGGGUACGAGACCUCCGUGUCCGACUGCCAGCAUCUUCCCUGGGGUCAGAAUAACUGUGACCACACUGAAGACGUCGGUGUCGAAUGUUCCAAUACUCCGGUUGAUAGAUCUAGAGAAGAAACUGUCGUGUCUCCGACGGCAGGUACCACCGAAGAGGUCUCCCUCCCUGUCACUUGCGGCCAGAGGCUGAUUGAAGACAACCCGAAUGCCCCAACUUUAGAGAAACCCAAAGUCGUCAGUGGGCACACGCCUCCUCAAGGGGCGCAUCCAUGGAUGGUAAACAUCAACCUCCUCACCAGAACAGGUCCUACGCAGUGGUGUGGAGGGGCCAUCUUGACGGAGGAUUCCAUCCUGACAGCUGCUCAUUGCCUUCACAAAUACCCAUCUUCAACGUACAUCGUCCGAGUAGGAGAUUUUAACACCGAGGAGGAAGAAGAAGAAGAGCAAGAAUUCCGCGUAGCUUCCAUGGCGAUCCAUCACCUCUUCGACAAGGGCCCUUACCUCAACAACGAUAUUGCCAUUCUUAAAAUUAAAAGGAAGAAUGGAGAAGGUGUCAGGUUUGGCAGGUAUGUCCAACCACUUUGUUUGGUACCUCCUCGCUGGAAUUAUCCUCCUUACCGUAACUGCACUGUGGCAGGUUGGGGUAGUCUUGGGAUUGCUCUGGGUCGUUCCAGAGUUCUUCAGUCUGCUUUGCUUCCCAUUCUUCCGGAUGAAAUAUGCAAAGCUGACAAUGUCUAUGGUGAUACAAGGUUGACAGAAGGGAUGUUCUGCGCUGGCUACUUGGAGGGAGGCAUUGAUACUUGCCAAGGGGAUUCGGGAGGACCUAUGGUUUGCAUAGUAGACGGUCGCCACACUGUUGUGGGAAUUACCAGCUGGGGUCAUGGCUGUGCCCGAGCUAACAAGCCUGGGGUUUACACCAAAGUGACCCAGUUUCUUCCAUGGCUGUACUCAAACUUGGUGUGAUUUGUUUUCCCAUAACCAGGAACUUGUAGAUAUAUUUCGUCGUUGCGUUUCGUCAUUAUCGUGGUUGACAAAUGCAGAGUAUUUUACAUUUUAUUUUUGGGUAGUUUGGGCGUUGUUAUUGCUAUUACCGGAACUUGCGAACAUACUUACUGAAGAAGCUUAAGUGGCCAUCAACUUGUAAAAAACUGUUCCAGAGAAUACCAGAACAGUAUUAUCAAAUUUAAAAAAACUGAGAUCAACUAUGAUUGUCAAAUUAUUGCACUUGAAACAAAUGACAGACGAAGGAAUUUCGAUGUUAAGAAAAAGAUACAAAUCAUACCGGAAAUAGCUGUGAUUCGCUAUGUUUGCUGAGCUUCGUAAAAUCUCUUCAGUAACUUGAAUGUAAAGAAGUUAUUUUCGUAGUCGGAUUUAAAGAUAUAUUGAAUAAAUGUAAUUGUAAUAAUUCUCUAAUGUAACCAUUUCAUUUCCGACUGGAAUCACUGCCCUUAUAUUAUUGCAGGACUACAAUUACAACUAUCGUACUUCAAAAAGGAAUGAGUGAAAACCCAUAUAUAUAUAUAUAUAUAUAUAUAUAUAUAUAUAUAUAUAUAUAUAUAUAUAUAUAUAUAUAUAUAUAUAUAUAUAAUUAGUACAUUCGUCGACUGACUGGAAUCACAGCCACUGCACUGUUCAAAAAUACAAUAAUUUAGUUGCUGAAAAGACUAAGAUCCCAACCAUUACUGGAAUUCCAGUUAUUUUGGUCCUCGCAACCGUCACGUAGGGCUUCGGUUCCCAGACUGUUUCCUCCGGUAACAAAAUUAUGUUGCCCGGUGGGAAGCUAAUAAUUACACUAAAAAGAGACUACAAGUUCACUUGAACUUAUACUGUGUUGGAUAAGAUAGUUAAAGUCGGUGGCAUCUG